CCGGUUCCGGUUCCGUUCCUGUCCGGUUCCGGUUCCGCUCCGGUGUCCGCCAUGGCGCAGUACAAAGGAGCCGCCAGUGAGGCCGGUCGGGCCCUGCAGCUGAUGAAGAAGCGCGAGCGGCAGCGGGAGCACAUGGAGCAGCUGCGGCAGCGGAUCGCGGAGGAGAACAUCAUGAAGUCCAACAUAGACAAGAAGUUCUCUGCUCACUAUGAUGCUGUCGAGGCCGAGCUCAAGUCCAGCACCGUGGGCCUGGUGACCCUCAAUGACAUGAAGGCCAAGCAGGAGGCUCUGGUCAAGGAGCGCGAGAAGCAAUUGGCCAAGCGGGAGCAGAGCCGAGAGCUGCAGCUGAAGCUGGAGCGGCAGCGGGAGCGCGAGCGCAAGCAGGAGGCCAAGCGCAAGAUCUGCAGCCUGAGCUUCAGCCUGGAGGAGGCUGAGGCCGAAGAGGAGGAGGAGGAGGAGGAGCCCGAGGCUGUGGAGGAGCCCCCCAAGAAGAGGAAACUGGGGAAGAACCCGGAUGUGGACACCAGCUUCCUGCCGGAUCGGGACCGGGAGGAAGAGGAGAACCGGCUGCGGGAGGAGCUGCGCCAGGAGUGGGAGGCCAAGCAGGAGAAGAUCAAAAAUGAGGAGAUCGAGAUCACCUUCAGUUACUGGGAUGGCUCCGGGCACCGGCGCACGGUGAAGAUGAAGAAGGGGAACACGAUGCAGCAGUUCCUGCAGAAGGCUCUGGAGAUCCUGCGCAAGGACUUCAGUGAGCUGCGCUCGGCAGGAGUGGAGCAGCUGAUGUACAUCAAAGAGGAUCUCAUCAUCCCCCACCACCACAGCUUCUAUGACUUCAUCGUCACCAAAGCGAGGGGGAAGAGCGGUCCCCUCUUCAACUUCGACGUCCACGACGACGUCCGGCUCCUGAGCGAUGCCACCGUGGAGAAGGACGAGUCCCACGCCGGGAAGGUCGUGCUGCGGAGCUGGUACGAGAAGAACAAACACAUCUUCCCUGCCAGCCGAUGGGAGCCCUAUGACCCCGAGAAGAGGUGGGACAAGUACACGAUCCGAUGAACCCCAGCAAGGGGGGGCUGGACCCCUCCCCCCACCCUCCUGCCCCCUCCCC